AUGAUGGAGAACGGGGUUCAUGAAAUUGCGGAUCAGUUCGAAAACCUAACGGCCCAAUCUCCGGCUGCUGAGAAUGCAUCUCAUCUAUCAGCCGCCCAGGUUGAGGUUACCGAGCCUGGUCUCCAGGACUCUGUUCCCAACGCACCCGAAGGCACUGAUCCACAAGUCUCGGUCUCAAGUCAGUCUGAGCUCACGGAUAUCGAUGAGUCCCUGUGGAAUGAUCCAGUAGAUUCUGCUCACGUAUCCCAGUCUCUUUCCACUAAAUCUCAUUUUAUCAACCCUACUGCACCCCGUGUCGGUUACAAAGUCUCUGCGUCUGGUGAACUUGUCAUUGUUGAAGAAGAAGAAAGCAUCAUCCCAGAUGUUCCUGGGCCUCGGAAAACUCCACCUCCCGCGUUCAUAUCCUUCGACCGACUAGCGAAGGGCUUAUCUCCGAAAUUGACACCUAAUCCCACCAUCUCCCCCACUCAGCCUCGUUCCCUAGCCGUGGAGCGCAUCAUGGGCCCAAAGCAGCCUAUCCCGGCCAGAAUUCUCGAGCUUCUUGAAGAGUGGCAUGAAGUUGAUCCGGAUACGGAACACCCGGCCGCUUUGGCUGGCCGUGCGCCGUCAACCUGGAAGAAUUUUCAGGCUUUCAACGACGAAGGUGAUGAGUGUGAGAUAUCCAUUUUUCAGAUUUCGCUCAAGGGUCAGGCCCGACGAACUUUGACAUACCGUAUCAUGAUACUUCACUCCCAGAAUGGACCAGAGGAACUUGUGGUCUAUGGGCAACCCCGCCCUAAGUUUAGGGGGCCGUUGGGCAAGGGUACUAGGGGCGUGUAUCUCUUGGACUGGCUGGAAACUGAGAAAAAAGGACACGUUCGGGCAUGCGGACUAAAACUGUGGAGAAGCGACGAAAAGAAGAUUACCUUCAGUGCAAAUAUGUUCGACGAUGGACAUAAGUGCACUCAGCUGCCUGGCUCAAACGAUGUGUUCAACAUGCGUGCUUCCCCUUGCACGCCCAAGAAGGGAACCAAGCCAAACAGGGAUAUCGAAGAUGCUGAGUCGACCUCCUCUGAGCCGCCUUUUUCUCCCUUGAGAUCUAGGCGCCAAGGUUUGAUUAAUACAAAAUCUGAGAACGAGAAUGAAGACAGAACCCCGGUUGCCUCACGCCCAUCCUGGGGGCAUAGUAUUUCGCCGAGUCCCACCUAUGAUAAAUCCCACCCUCUGGGAAAGCCAUGGAAGCCUCAAAAGAGGCGCCGGAGCACAUUGAGCUCCAAUUAUGAGCCUACUCUUCAAAUUCGCUACAAACUGAUGUCUGACGUGUCAGACCAGAUCCGCGUCUUCAAGACCAACGACGCCAAGGUUGUGUUUGAAAAGGCCCAGGGAUUCUACAAGGGUAGUGACAAGCGCACGGGACUGUUGUGCACUGUUUCUGGUGUUGAGGGGGUUCGAUAUGUGGGAGAGGGGUGCAUCGAUGAAUUCGAGAUCCUUCAGGAGGAUAUUCGGAAGUCUUCUGAUUUUAGUUAUGAAGAACGAGUUGUGGAGGUGAAGCCCGCGAUGGGCUUUUAG